GAUCUAGGCAUUUCCUUCUUUAACCUACUUCGGAAAAACCUCAACGCCAUGUCAUUCAACAAUUCCGAGUACAUUUUCCGAGGCAAUCGCAGCAACAACCACAGAUUUUUCGAAGAGGCCCUCGUUUACUGGGAAAUGCUCCUGUCAUUCGUCGCAGACAACGAUGCGGUCACCGUCACAGCUUCGGGCAUGGAAGAAUCCAUCGUCCUGCAACAAGUGCCACAUCCAUGGACUGGUAUCGCCCGUGAUACACAGUUCAUCGUCAAGGAAGUGGGGCGGUUGGUCCGUCGUGAGAGAAAACGAGUUCGCUCCCGUAGCUUCACCUCCCAGGCGGACAUCACACAGGCGCAGAGGGCCAUUGAGCAAGCGCGUGCAUUCGAAGAAAGACUCCUCGACCUUGCCCAUCCGACAGAGGCUGAAAUCGUGAGUCCUGGCGAUGACGACACCCCCGUCUGGCAUCUCCUCACCAUGGCCGAAGUCUACCGUUGCACAGGUCUCAUGCAGCUAUAUCGCGCGUUCCCUGAUUUACUUCGCCGUCGAUUACCCGCGCAAACUCCAUCCUCACCGCUCUACCAGACGUCAGCGUCAAUGGCCAAUCGCGAUCCAUUCCUGUCCAUAGACCCGGAUCCCAUCAUGGACAACAUGACCGGCUUUCUAAACUUCGAGAGCACGGACGAUGCUGUACCACCACCAUCACCGCCACCAUCAGACGCUUACUACGAUAGCUGGCUGGCCGAAUUCGCCCUGACCACCCUCUCCCGCCUCAAAACCAUACCCUUGGAAUCCCGCACUCGAUGCCUCCAGCCGUUUCUCCUCGUAGCAGCCAGCAGUGAACUGCGACUACCAGCACCCACGCCCUCGUCAGAGCUCAACCCAGAUACCAAUAAUCCAACUGGCAUCUCGUCGCAUGCCAUCGAGGUCUCCACCACCCGUAAGUUCGUCCUCGGUCGACUCACUUCUUUCCUGCACGUUCUACCUCCAAAGCCAAUCAAUGUGUGUCUUUUGCUUGUGCGGGAGAUGUGGAAGCGAAUGGAUGCCGGGGAGUCGACCGUUUACUGGAUGGAUGUCAUGAUUGAAAAUGGCUGGGAGACUACGAUGGGCUGAUGGAAGGUGCAGAGAUAUCAGUAUAUAUAAUGACGUGCUACGAUUUUUAUACCCAGAUUUAUUCAUGUACCAAAUUGAUAUAUAGUCUUGCAUCAUUAUCAUUCUAUUUACUUUUAUAUAUAGAUGCUCACUUCAACGAACACCGUUAGCCGAAUAAAACCCCCGAAAAGAGAACAAUGCAAAAACUCUGCUUUUUGGUAAGCCUUUUUUUUUUGGGGGGAAUUAGGAGAAUGAAAAAAUAAUGAUGACCAUUAAAGUAUCAAGUCCGAAAUAG